AUGGUAUGCAAAAAAUGUGAAAAGAAACUUUCCAAGGUUGCAGCGCCUGAUCCAUUCACUUCAAGCUCUAGCAGCAUCAAGGAUGGCUCACGCAAAGUUGGAGAGAACAAGCUUCUUACAAGGCCAGGCAGCUCCAAGAAUCGUUUUCAGCCGUAUCAAGGGAAAUGUAAAGAUUGCAAGUCGACAGUCACCCAGAAUAAAGCAAAGUACUGUCAUGGGUGCGCGUACAAGAAGGGUCUCUGCUCAAUCUGCGGCAAGCAGAUCCUGGACACUACAGGCUAUGUCAUGUCGAGCAAGUAA